AUGACCUCGACCGUGAUCAGUGAUGCCUACACUAUUUUGGCUGGGUUACCAGCAUCCUACCAGCAGCGACCAUUUCCGUCCUGGAAACAAUUACGGAAUGAAGUAGAAGCCAUUUACACCCAGCUCGAGCAGAACAACUGGUCAGGAAACCAAUGGUUAGCUCUCACGGACAUGUCACAAGCCGCCGUCAACAAGUUAAAGGAGGACCAUGACUUACUAGCAGGCAUCUCGGUCCGAUUUAUGUGGAUCGGAACAACAGGGCUUAUCAAAGUAGCUGCAGGUGUUCCACACCAUUUCACUACAUCAGAAUUAUUCCGCUACAUUGACUGCCAGUGUUUGCAAAUGGGAGUGCCCCGCACACAAUACACUUGGGGGAAUGCAGUUACGUUGCCUGAUACGCUUUCCACACAGGGCAAGCAGCCUGAUUGCUGUCUUUUCCCUCCAACUCGCUUGCCUCUAGGUGGUCUCGAAGAAUGGCCGACACUUGUUAUAGAAACGGGUGUUUCGGAGUCCUUAGCAAAGCUUCGUCGAGAUGCUACAUGGUGGUUUCAGAAUUCCUCUGGUGAUACUAGGAUUGUACUUCUGCUCUCAAUUGACUCGGGAUCCAGGACACUGAGGAUUGAGAAGUGGCAGCUCGUCCCUUCUGGGAGAUCAGUCACUAGACUAUUUAUUGAGCAGUUACGUCAACAGCAUAGUCUGAUUCCGCCUCUUGCUCAACAGCCGGCAAGCAUGCAAACUGCCUUCUGUGUUCAGGAGGUAGUCAUUACACCUGAGGCAGUUAUGGGGCAGCCUCUUGUCAUUCCAUUCAGGGCUUUGCUUGAUCGACAGCCCACUGGAGACGAGCGAGAUAUAGUUAUUGAUAAUGAGGGUUUUCGCGAGAUUUCGCGUUUUAUCUAG